AUUCAGCUCGGCGCCUUGGCGGUUGCGGUGGAUUAGAAGCACGAAAAUGAGCACACGACCCCCUUUUUUUUUUCUUAUAAAAAGAAGUGAUGUGAUCCUUGCAAGGCCUCCGACAUUUUGCCCCUAAAAGAAAGCUCCCAUGGCCUCCCCCCACUAUCAGGCUACCGGCUCCCUCCCCUCCGACUAUGCCAUCCUUUCUCGCUACGCUGUUCAUCGCUCCACUAAUGACAAUCCUGUCCAGAUCGAUACCGAAGAACCUGAAUAUGACUCGGAAUCCCCAUUCUUAACCGCCCCUCGGCCGUCCAAACCGACCAUGGCUAAUGACCGUCUUGCCCCACCUGCGUUCAACGAAAUUACACCGCUUCUCAACCCUGUAAUUCCCCGUAUCCCGGAAUAUGUCGAAGACAACGAUGAUACUUCUCAUGAAAGCACCAUGGUUAUGUUUUGGGAGGAAUUCAAGAUACUCACAAAGUACGGUAUACCCGUUUGGGGAACACAUUUGUUAGAGUACAGUCUUGUCAUGGCGUCCGUACUCUCCGUCGGACAUCUAUCUACGACAGCCCUCGCAGCAAUCACCCUAGGGUCGAUGACCGCCAAUGUGUCUGGCCUGAGUAUAAUCCAAGGCUUCACAAGUGCCCUUGACACUAUGCUUCCUUCAGCGUGGACUUCGCAACCUCAGCUUGUCGGCCUCUGGUCCCAACGGAUGGUUGUCGUGAUGGCGGUUCUCCUUAUUCCUAUGUAUGCCAUCUGGUUUAACGCCGAGGCCAUUUUGCUGUUGCUCAAGCAAGACCCGGACGUCGCUCGUCUGGCAGCAGUGUAUCUCCGCUGUGUUUCGUUUGGUCUACCAGCCUACGCGUUCAAUUGUAUUAGCAGACGGUAUUUCCAGUCACAAGGUCUGUUUGCGGUGCCCACCCGUAUCAUACUCAUUGUGGCGCCUAUCAAUGCCUUGCUGAAUUACAUUCUUGUCUGGGGCCCUGAGCCGAUCCGACUCGGCUUUAUCGGCGCGCCGAUAUCCACAGCGAUAUCCUUCAAUCUCGUGUCUCUCUUGUCAAUACUGUACGGUGUCUUCUUCAUUCCCAAGACAGCUUGGCAUCCUAUCUGUCGACGGAGCUUCACCGGUCUCGGUGUCCUGGUGAACCUCGGUCUGGCUAGCGUGGGUCAAACCGCUUCCGAAUGGUGGGCAUGGGAGUUGAUCGGCCUCGCCGCAUCUCUGCUUGGUCCCGUCGCGCUUGCGACUCAAUCUGUCUUGCUCGUGUCUGCCUCAACCACCUUCCAAGCGCCCUUCUCCCUCUCCGUUGCCGCUUCCGUUAGAAUCGGUAACCUUUUGGGUGAACGCAAAGCCCGACGAGCUGGAAUUGCGUCCAAUGCGUCCCUUGUCAUGUCACUAAUCAUGUCAUCACUCUUCUGCAUAAUGUUCCUCGCGUUCCGGAACUCUUGGGGAUAUCUUUUCAAUGAUGACCCCGCCGUCAUUGCUCAAACUGCCGCUAUACUUCCCAUCGUUGCCGUUUUUCAAGUGUUCGAUGGUGGAGCCGCUGUUAGCGGAGGUGUUCUCCGCGCUCAGGGUAAACAGGUUACUGGAGCGCUACUGAACCUAAGUGCAUACUACAUUAUCGGUAUCCCCUUCGGCAUUUUACUCACCUUCAAGGCUGGCAUGGGCCUGCAUGGGCUCUGGUACGGCUUGACUAUAUCCCUUAUCUACUGCGCUGUCUUGGGAACCAUCGUCUGUAUUCGCACAGACUGGAAUCACGAAGUCACCAAGGCCAUGGCCAGACUCAAACAGGAAGAUAAAAAGCAGCGGAUGGAGAUGGACGCUGAGGAAGACUUAAUAGAUUAAUGAAGAGAUAUGAUCUACGAAUUGCUUCCUGAGAGAUACUGAAGAUUAUUUACGUUCACACCUUAUUUAGCCAAAACUACUAUAUAGAACUACAUUUCGUCUUAGAUAGAUCGGCGGAUGAUGAAUAUAUCUGGGGCGCAAGAGCUUUCAUCAU